CGGCCGCGCGCGAAUUUCACGAUCCUCUCUCGUCGUAGUCGUCGUCGCACGACCACGCAGUGGUCGAGCUCUUCGCCGUGAUGAUCGCGCGAGAAACGCCCCCGCGCUCGUAAUCUAAUCCGAUAAAUCGUGGUCGCAGUUCGACGCGGCGACGCCUCGCCGUGAAUCCCGAGCGGCAGCUCGGCGGAUCGGUCUGCCGCGGAUCGCUGUUUCUCGACGCGAUUUCUCGGAGUUAAAUGGAUCGUUGGAAUUUUUUCGAGUUAAUGUGCUUUCAGCGGCGGUCUGUAGACUUCGGAAGUUGACCGAUCGAUGGAACGGAGCUCCACGGAGCUGGUAACAUUGACCUUGUAAAUACACGGCGCGGUGCGAUCCUCGACUAAUGGAUCUCCGAAUUUCGCGAACGAGGCGAAUUUGUUCCGCAAAUAAGCGAACUCUUACGAUUCUACGAUUAGACGGACGUUUCGAGUAACCAGCGGACUUCUCGAAGUUACCGGCCGUUUCCCCGGGAGAAACUUGAUCGUCGGUGCGGCGUUAGUUACUUUCGCAAUCCAUCGCUCGCCGUUUCGAUUAACAACGGAGCCAUAACGAGUGUUUAAUUAUCUGUUUAAUUAUCAACCACGUCAAAGUGCGCGGGGAAUGUAGUUUGUCCAUCGGCGAUACCGCUCGCUCAAUAUCAGUUGCCGCUCCGUCUCGCGAAGUAAUAUACCGAAGCCAGCAGUUAGCGAGGAACGAUUCGCUUUCUUAGCCGCUUCGGUUUCCCGAUAGCUACAUCGGGAUUCUCCUUCGGGAAGUUAUAAAAGUGCAGUGCGGACGAGAUACUGGAAAAAUGAGUAAAUCGAGUGCGCCGUGAUGAGAGCGGCCGCGUCGAUUGACACUCCUUCUACGUGACUUAAGGAGAACGUCGCGUGACUUGAGUGUAUUAAAGAGAAGAAAAGAGUGGAAACUGCAACGAUGCAAAAAUUCGGCACGCUCGUUAGUCGAUUUACGAAUCCGAUACGGGUGAAGUUUCGGUUUUGAGUGCGCGUUGAACUCGGCGCGACCAUUUGUGAACGCGAAAGAGCGACGUGCUGAUUAGAUAAGACUACCAUAACCAUCGAAUACAAUUAUUUAUCUCACGCGAUAAACGCGAGAAAAAUAUUGGCGAUAACGAUCAGUGGGUCGUCAAGGCGCGUUUAUUUCUUUUUUAUAGCAAAGAUGGUACCGUGCGUGUCUCAUUAAAAUUGUAUUUAGUUUGUAAAUAUAUUAAAGUAUUUAGACGCUGAUAAGAUACAUCGACGUGACGUCUUGUAUGUCAAGGUUCGACGGGAAGACAACGGUGCGUCGAAAAAAACUCGAUUGCCGAACAUAUGACUUUGACUUCUAUGAACAGAAAAAUUGAACAGAGCGAAAUCCGUAACUGGAUUUUCGACGACGUUUUCGAGAGAUUUGUACAAAUAUUCUUUAACUUCGAAGAUACAUACAGGGAGAACGGAGCUUAACGUUGAAGGUGCAAUUGGGGAAUAAAGUCGGCCGCAUAUGCACACGUGUAUUGCGGGAAUUGAAUUCGCGGUGGACGACGUCGCGCGCGAAUUUGUCAAAUCGCCGAGCUUUAAAGUACCAUUACGCCGACACGUAAUUUCGGUGCAGCCGGGCUUACGGGCUGAUGAAAACGAUCGCGGACGGGCCGUAAUUAAAGAAACAUCCUGCCAGCGAGUCGCUGGUAUAAAUACCCCUGCGGUCGCGCCCAGUGUCCGGUCUGCGGAGGGUGUGUCUUUCAUGUGCAGGCUAGUCGGUAACCACGACUCUGAGGGAACGCAUUCCGUGUUGUCCCUGGAGGAUGUUGUUAACUUCGGGCCGCGUUUUGCCGGCGAAGUAGGGGCAGUCGCGCGCGACACAUGUGAACGCGACACGUCUCUUGGCGAGAUAAAUCUUCCAGAUAACAAGCUUACGUGAAUACACGGAGGAUAAUUAGAUAUCGCAGAAUGACAUUGAAAUUAAUCAGUCGGUCGAUGAUACGCGCCGAUGAAGAGUUGUUUACAUUAUAAAUGCUUAUGAGUUUUAAGCGAUCGAGAAUGAGCAGCGCACGGAAUAGGUAGAUUAAACAAAGUUACGGUAAGCUUUGUUGCGAAAGCGCGAUCUCGCCCUCUUAAUGCGAUGCACGGAACGACACGCGAAAGUUUGGUAAUACCAUCCCUCGCAUAGACUUGCAAGCCACGACAGCCGAUCGCACGGGCCGUGUUGAUAACUUCGCGUCGAAAGUCUCGUGGUGACACUCGUGGGAAUCUAUGAGAAAUCUGUGUUGUGUUUGUGGAAUUGUCUGUGAGAUGGCACAAAACGGUGAGUAACAGCGCGACGCGUUAUCCAUUCGGUCGCAGUUGCUCGCGUGGAUCUUCUCUCGAUUCUUCCGCACUUGGCACGAUGAGCCUCUGGCGAUUUGGACCUUUCAAGGAUGCGAAAAAGCAAAAUGGCGCUGCCUUGCGGACGAAUAGUUUGGGCUCGGGCGCGAGAACGCCACCCUUGGAAAGAAAAAGCAAGUUCUCGGCCCUCGGUAGACUCUUCAAGCCUUGGAAAUGGAAGCGGAAAAAGAAAUCGGAUAAAUUCGAGGCCGCUUCGCUGUCGCUCGAGAGAAAGAUCUCGGUACGUGCCAGUAGAGACGAGUUGGUGCAGAAGGGAAUACUGCUGCCCGUGAUACGGUCGACGUCGUUUCCCGAAAAUGAAACGAUGAGCGAGCCGGCGGACGCGCAAAAACCGCCUACGCCGCAGCAAACGCCACAGCAACAGCAGCAGCAGCAACAAUCGCAGCAGCAACAGCAGCAACAACAAUCGCAACAGCAGCAACUGUCCGGCGGCGUGGGUGGCACCGGGGGUGAAGGCACCCCCGCGGCAACCCCCACGUCCGGCGGUAACGUGCAGCAAUCCCAGCAAUCCCAGCAAGUACCGUCGGCCACGCCGACCCCGACGACUGCCAACCCGCAUUCUGCAGGACCGCCCAGCAAUCAACCGUCGCCCCAUCCCUCGCCGCUUUACCCCGGGAUACCGCAGGCCGGGCAGCCCAACGGCAGCACGCAAGAGCCGAAGAAGGAUAAGACCGAACAGAGCGCGAAUGGCGCGAUAUCGCCAAGCGGCGGCGGCGGCGGCGAGCCGCAGGCCGCCAAUCUGGGCACGACCGGCUCGGCGCCGGUCUCGGGCUCGGUCCCGGAUGCCGGGGACCAGCAAAAGCCGAACAGGCCGAAUACCCUCGAGGCCAGGGUGGUAGCCAGGAGGCUGAUCUUGUUCGACAUGGAGAAGGGGGUGCUGGAUCAGAGCGCCGACAAUCAGCAGGUGAUCGAGAGGUGUUACCCGUUACCGCCUCAGAAUACCCUGAUGCUGUCGGAACUACCAGAACCGCCGAUCCCGUUGAGCGAAAUCGGCCCGAUUCCGCCCCCGCCGAUGUUCAGCUCACCGAGUCCCACUUUGCUGGCGAGACAACGGCAAAUUCCGCUCUCGGACUGCGAGGACGAGGAUGAGGAAGACGUCGACGUGGAGGAGGAGGACGACAACAUGUACGUCUUCAGGGUGUCCCAGCCGGAUCCGGCGAUCGACACGUCGCGUGUCGAGGAGAUCCCGGCGAAGGAGCCCAAGUUCCACGCCGUGCCCCUGAAGAGCGUCCUGAAGAAGCGGGGCUCCGGCAGCGGGCCCGGCACUCCGCAGAACACGCCGACGCAGGAGAACAGGCCGCUGACGCUUCGCCAAGAGCUCCAAGCCUCGUUCAAAAGGCCACCGUUGAGGCCUAGGAUGAGAAUAUGCAGUCGACCGGUCCGGUUCGGCCUCGCCCUGCCGUGCACGCUCGAGAACAAGGAGAACGCGAGGCCGUACGUCAUCCGGGAGGACGCGGACGGCGAUUCCGGGGACGGGCAGGUUCUCUACAGGGAGGACUACGACGACGAGAAGAGACCGGCGCGUUGUCAGCAGCGUUUACCUUUGUUCUCCGAUCGCUCGUCAGCUUCGAGAGCCACUCGAACGUUGGAUAUUAUCAAUAUUAGAAAUGAAGUUAAAGAGAGGAUCGACCCGGACAGACCUUCACGAUUGUCACGACGUGAGACAAUCGGUGACGGCAAACUUUGCCGUUUGGCAGCCAAGAUCGCGCGCAAGGAAUCGCUGUCGCUGAAGCUCGCCCUCAGGCCAGACAGACAGGAGCUCAUCAACAGGAACAUCCUUCAGCUGCAGACGGACAAUGAGAGGCAGGAGACGAAGGAGGCCAUCGGUGCCAAGCUCAUCAGGCGGUUGAGCAUGCGGCCGACCCAGGAGGAGCUCGAAGAGAGAAACAUUCUGAAAAAGCAAAGCCCCGCCGAGGAGAAGAAGCAGAAGGAAGAGAAGAAACGCUACCUCCUACGGAAGCUCAGUUUCCGACCGACUGUCGAAGAGCUCAAGGAAAAGAAGAUUAUCAGGUUCAACGACUAUAUCGAGGUAACGCAGGCUCACGAUUACGAUAGACGAGCCGACAAGCCCUGGACACGGUUAACUCCGAAGGACAAGGCCGCCAUUAGGAAAGAGCUGAACGAGUUCAAGAGUUCGGAGAUGGCCGUUCACGAGGACAGCCGACACCUCACCAGGUUCCAUAGGCCAUGACAAUUGCAAUGUGUUGAGGUGCUACAGUGCGGUGCGGGUAUCGGUGAAGGUGCAGUGUGGUGGCCUCGCGUUGAGGCUGGCUAAAAAGUUGAAGAAG